AAAAAUUUCAUACAUAAUUUUGUUUUUCUCAAUGGGCCUCAUUUUUUGGGCCUCACCAUGUCUCGCCUGCUCGGGCCCGAGCCCAAGCCCGAGCCCGGACCCAUCAGGGUUACCAAACGUGGUGCACAACUAUAUUCCGCUCAACGGAACCAAUAUCACCAUGCACGUGGCGGAGAUGGGCUGCAGCGGCUCUGCCGGAACAAUUCUCUUCCUCCACGGUUUUCCCGAGCUUUGGUAUUCGUGGCGCCACCAAAUGACCUUCUUCUCGGCCAAGGGUUACCGAACCAUAGCCCCCGACCUCCGAGGCUACGGGGAGACUUCCGGGGCCCCGACCACUAUUAACAACUCCACAGUGCUCCACGUGUUGGGGGACAUUGUGGGCCUACUUGAAGCACUUGGGCUUGAACGAGUCUACCUUGUGGCCCACGAUUGGGGCGCUAACCUGGCCUGGCUGCUGUGCAUGAUGAGGCCCGAUAAGAUCAUAGCCCUUGUCAACAGCAGCAUCUUUUUCAACCCGAGAAAUCCGAAGUACCCACCUACGGUGACCUACGCAAAAGCGCUUACCGACGGCUUCUACAUCAUGAGAUUCCAGAAAGCGGGAGAUGCGGAAGAAGCAUUUGCAUUGGUAGGGACGGAGACUGUGAUAAGAACAUUUAUGACCAUAAACCAGACAGAACCGUUAGUUAUACCCACCAACAAGAGUAUAGCCACGUUUUUCCAAGGUCCUCAAGUGCCAUUGCCCUCGUGGCUCACUCAGGAUGAUUUAGAUUAUUUCACUUCUAAAUUCAAUAAAACUGGCUUCACGGGAGGAUUGAACUACUAUCGAGCGCUGGACUUGAGUUGGGAGCUGACAGCAGCUUGGACAGGAGCACAAAUUACAGUGCCCGCGAAGUUCUUGAUUGGCGAAUUUGACAUGACGUACAAAUUUCCUGGCGUGAAAGAGACCAUAGCGAGUAAAAGCUACAAGAAGCUUAUUCCAAAUCUAGAAGAAGUUGUGGUGAUGAAGGGAGUCGGGCAUUUUCCCAACCAAGUGAAGGCCGAUGAAUUCAACAAGGAAGUUUAUAACUUCAUCAUCUCCAAACACUAGUUAAAAUAUAUUUACUUCUAUGUAUUGUUGAACUACCAAGAACUUUCAUU